UUUGAGAAAUAGGAGGGGCUUCUAAACGACUAGAAAUGUCAAUCUGAGCAAGGGAGUCCCAAUAAUCUGAAGCAAUCUGUAAGGACCUGACCUUAGUCCAUCCAGAUCAAUAGGGAAGUGAGGGUGGAGAGAAGAAGAAGAGGGAGAAAUCAGGGGCGCAACCGGAUCGUUUACACUGGCUGUUCCCGAGGAAAUAUAGACUUCCCUUUGCUUGCACCUUUUGUUGCUCACAUGCUCACACUGUAAAAGUGGAUAUCGAGGCAAUUCCCCUUGCUUUGUGAGAUCGCAGCAGAGCUUUUCCCCCUUUCCCACACCGCCAUGUCUUUCCCUCAGCUGGGAUAUCAGUACAUCCGACCGAUAUACCCGCCGGAGCGCCAGGGGAUCGCCAGCAAUGCCCGGGCCGGGACAGAGCUCAGUCCGUCCGGCGCGCUCUCCAACGUCCUCUCCACUAUGUAUGGAUCUCCUUUCGCCGCGGCAGCGCAGGGCUACGGAGCGUUUCUGCCUUACUCCAACGACAUAUCUAUUUUCAAUCAGCUGGGUGCUCAGUAUGAGCUGAAAGACAGUCCCGGUGUCCAGCACCCAGGGUUCGCCCACCAUCACCCUGCUUUCUACCCAUACGGCCAGUACCAGUUCGGUGACCCGUCCAGACCCAAGAACGCCACCAGGGAGAGCACCAGCACCCUGAAGGCCUGGCUCAGCGAGCACCGCAAGAACCCCUACCCCACCAAGGGCGAGAAGAUCAUGCUGGCCAUCAUCACCAAGAUGACCCUCACCCAGGUGUCCACCUGGUUCGCCAACGCCAGGAGGAGGCUAAAGAAGGAGAACAAGAUGACGUGGGCCCCGCGGAACCGCACCGACGAAGAGGGGAAUGUUUACAGCAGCGAUCACGAGGGGGAGGAGGGGGACAAGAGGGAGGACGAGGAGGAGAUCGACCUGGAGAACAUCGACACGGAGAAUAUCGAGAGCAAGGACGACUUGGACGACCAGGACGACCUGCAUUCAGACAUUAAACUCGACGGGAGGAGUGACUCUGAGAUUUCUGACGGCUAUGAGGAUUUACAAGGGCCCGACCAGAGGUUUCUAAAGGCUGUGGGGAAAGAUGGCAAAGACGUGGAGAGAAGUGGGGAGCACUUCCACAGCCACCACCACCACCACAGCCACCACUCUCCUUUGGACCUCAAAGCGUCCCAGGCGAACGGGGAGCCUCUCAAACUCAACCCGGUGUCCGCGGGCUCGCCGCCCUCAGAGAACAAUCCUGCCCCGGCCCAGAAGCCAAAGAUCUGGUCUUUGGCAGAAACGGCCACGGCGCCUGACAAUCCGCGCAAAUCGCCGCAAAUGAACGGCGGCAACUCCGCGGGGCCCGCUGCCCAGACCAUAAUCGCCCCCCACAGACUAAUCUCUUCAUGUCCCGUUGGGAAAAUCCACAACUGGACGAACCGGGCCUUCUCGGCGCACCAGCUGGCUUUACUGAACUCUAACCACUACCUGGGACUGGCGAACCAGGCCACCGCCACGGGCCUGGCCCUCUACAGCAGCAGGCACACGGAGGACAAGAGUCAUAGUUCAGAGACUCCAGUCACAGGUACUUGUCCCCGACACUGAGACGCGCAUGUAUAAAUAGGCCUAACUACCAAACAAAGACACUAGACCUUUGCCCGUCAUACAUUUCUAUUAUUUUCAACCUCCUCUCUUUGCCUUCCUUUGCUUGUUCAUUGGAUUUCUGUUGUUGUUUUUCUCUCUAUAGGCCACACAGAUGAACAGUGUUACAAUGUCAUAGCUUACAGAGUACAGAGAGUGUGUGUGUGUGACAGAGAGAGAGUGUGUGUGUGUGUGUGUGUGUGUGUAUGAGUGUGUGUCCUCAUCAGAAAGCAUUUAAGAAAACGUGGAAAUGGGUGAAAACAUGUUCUCAUUUUUUGUACCCCUUCUCUUCCCUUUAUUUGGCACCGUCACAUCCAUGUGAUAUUAAAGCCCAUGUGCUUGUAUUUAAUGGUUUACACACAAAAAAAAGCCCUCAACCCAUUAAACCAACUCGUUUCCAACAGUAAAUUCACUGAUGUGCUCUGAUAGUUCACUCACUACAUGUUCAUUUUCAUUGCCACACUUUCAGAGAGAUCUUAGUGCCUUGGAUGCAGAAUAAGAGAAGUUGUUUUUAAACCCACUUCAAAAAUAAUGAGGCUGUCGAUUAAAUGACAUUUGGGAAUUUUCCUUUUGAUGCCACAUCCCCUUUUAUUUUUUAUUAUUUUUUAAACGCCAUAUUUACCUGCAUUAGCUUUUAUUCGGAAGUUUUUAAUUUUUUAUCCCUGUGUGUGCGCUUGUGUUUUUUCGACAAGGCCCAUGUUACACUUGUUUGGUCAUGCAAAUGAGCUCAAUGCAAAUUCACUACCGGCGAGUUUUUGAAAAAGGCAAUUGUCACUUUUAUAUCACUUUGUGUUUUCGCUCCUCAUGAGGCUAAUAUUUGUGUUGUUUCAGAUCUUUCCUUUAUUUUAAUUUCGUUUCACCCCCUGUAUAUUCCAGGCCUCAGAACCAACUAGACAGCCGCGAUGGUUCUUUCGUCUCUCUCGCUCUCUCCUCUCCAUAAACCCAUCCUCUUCUAUUUUUAAAUUUUUUUAAUUUCAAUAUGGAAUGUAAAAUAAGAAUAAUGCAUCUCUGUAUACUUACAUUGUAAGCAUGUCCUGUGUAAAACUGCUAAUGUAAUAAUGUAUGAACCUGUAGUCUGUGAGUUCUUCCUUUUUUGUUUCUUUUUUGUAAGUUCUGUGAGGAUUUGAUGUUCAAAUGUGUUUUUGUAUAUAAAGUUAAGAAAUAUGUACAUACUUGUGAACUAAAUUGUACAAGAAAGUCUAUAUUUUUGGCUAAUAAAUGAACUGCUGCAACUUUAA